CAACCCUUCGAUACGUGUUGAGUUCGCCCAAUUGGAUCCGUUUUUCUAAUCUCUGAUCCGUUUGGCUUUCGAUCGUUGUUGACUUUAUAGCUUCGAUUGCUUCCUUUUCCAAUCGAGCGUGGAAAGCCUUCGAUGCCACAGUCAGCAUCAUCCCCCUAUCGGAUUAGCACCUCACAAAGCUACGAUAGGCGCGCUAAAUUGUCGAUGAAAGAGUGCGAACGCUGCGAAAGCAGAACAGAUUAACAGUCCCGAUUUGAACGAACAGAAGAUACAGAGCCGCUUGGUAGGAAAAGUCACCGAAAGGUUUCAACAGGAAGUGAAGAAAACUGAAAAACAUAACGGAAAUUGGGGGAGUGUAUUGUCUGCGGAAAAGUGCGUGCGAACAAGUGUCAUUUGGUUUCAUCCCAUUUGAAGAUAAGCUCGUUGAAGGAAGCGGACGUCACAGCAGCGGAAAUCGAGAUUUUUAUUUCUUGCCAUCGUCUUCGUUUUUAGUGGUGGUGAAGUGCUAUGAAAUUAGACAGACAGACCCAGCAGCAGCAACAGCACCAGAAGCAAUAAUGCCUGCAGAAAAACGAAGAAAGGGAAGCUUAGCAGCCGUAAUCUUGCUGAUUACCGUCGGAUUAGCGGGAAAAGUUUUCGCCUGGAACAACGGAAAAGGGAGAGACGACGGGCGGGAGAUUUCUGCUGCACAGCGGUACUUUGAUGCAGUUGCACCGGAAGAUCAGGAAGCAUUCAUAAAAUACCACCUGGACAAAGCCCUCGAGGAACGCAUUCCAGAACAUACCAGUAUUACUCCAGCGGAUUUUUCCUUCAUCAUCUAUGAGGAACUUGUUGAACCACCGCAGGACUUUGCUGCCAACCUGCUGAAUCAUUUCGAAACGAGCUUUGGCAUGACGGACCGGGACGUGUACAGCUUUGUCCGGUACGCUAUGAUUUGCUUCCCCAGUGGUUACUGCUUCGAUCCGGAUGACGUUGGGACCAUUUGCUGCCCGUUCUGAGCAGGGAGAAUGAACCGGCGGGAUGGGAGAAAGUUCGUAGCGUAAAAUCUGAUGUUUGAAGCAGAAUGAACAUGCCAAUAGAAAUUAAAUCGGUCCCGAUUUUUUCACAGUCACCGU